AUGGAGCAUCGAUUUAAUGGCGGUGGCGGAGCAAAUCAAUCGCUUGAGGUUGCACGAGAUGAAGAACAGGCAGAGGAAAUCACGUACCCAUCAUCUCCUUCAUGGAGAACCCAAAAUCUGGGUUCAUUAUUGGAUCUACACAACUGGCAUCCCCAAUCGACGACUUUUAACCAUAUGAAUAAUGGUUUUAACCCUAUUACAUACAACCACGAUUUUGAUGGGUUCGUUUCUUUUAUUUACGUUGAUGCAGGGAAGAGGGAACUGUCAAAGGUGGAGGAGAUGAGAAUUAGAGUUUUGGGUGUUGGAAGAUGUGUCGUGGUGGCUGAAAAGGGGGUAGCGGGGAUGAGAUGGGUCAGUGAAGGUGAAGUUAGGGUUCCGACACUAUGGUUAUGA